AUGGAAGGUGUGUUCUUUAACGUUGAUAACGGUUUCAUCGAAGGUGUUGUGAGAGGCUACCGUAAUGGGCUUUUAACUGGUAGUCAGUACAUCAAUCUUACCCAGUGUGAUACAUUGGAAGAUUUAAAAUUACAGUUGGCAAGCACUGACUACGGGAAUUUUUUAUCUAAUGUAUCAAGCGAUGCACUCACUACUACUGUAAUCCAGGAACGUGCUGCAGACAAAUUGUACCAGGAGUUCCAAUACGUAAGAGAUCAAUCCAGUGGUGUUACCAAAAAGUUUAUGGACUUCAUCACUUAUGGCUACAUGAUUGACAAUGUUGCGUUGAUGAUCACCGGUACCAUUCAUGAUAGAGAUAAGGCCGAAAUUUUGGGGCGUUGUCACCCAUUGGGUUGGUUCGAGACUCUACCCACGUUGACCGUGGCUACAGAUCUCGAGUCCUUAUAUGAUACUGUUCUCGUUGAUACUCCAUUGGCCACGUAUUUCCGUGAUUGUUUCGAUGAUGCCGAUGAAUUGGAUGACUUAAACAUCGAGAUUAUCAGGAACAAGUUGUACUGUGCUUAUUUGCAAGACUUUUAUGACUUUGUCUCCACUGAAAUUGAUGAGCCGGCAAGAGAGAACUUAAAAGAGCUUUUGGAAUUCGAAGCCGAUAGAAGAGCUAUCAACAUAUCUUUGAAUUCUUUGCAGAGCUCGGACAUCAUAAAUUCUGAUCUAAAACGUGAUUUAUUGCCUAAGUUAGGUAAACUGUACCCUGUUGCCUCUGAACAACUUGCCACACAUGGCCAAGAUUUUGAAUCUGUUAGACAAAUUGUAGAUACAGUCCAUACAUACCGUGGGAUUUUCGAAAACGGCAAUCUUGAAGACCAUUUCUAUAAAUUGGAAAUGGAAUUGUGUAGAGAUGCCUUCACUCAACAAUUUACCGUAUCUACUAUUUGGGCUUGGAUGAAGUCAAGAGAGCAAGAAGUGAGAAACAUAACAUGGAUAGCCGAGUGUAUUGCACAAAAUCAAAAAUCAAAAAUAAACAACUACAUUUCGGUAUACUAG